ACAUGCGGAUGGGAGUAUAAAUAAGAAGGAGUUGAGAUGCGCUCUCUGCCAGAGCUGAGGGGUUAAAAACCCAGUUACCCAGCAGCAUAUUCAUGCAUUCAUUCAUUCAAGUACAAAUUUGAAAAAUACACAAAAUUGUGGUACACUUAUUGGGAUAAAAAUGCAAAGCAACCACCUUUUCCAGGCAGCUGUGUGCCUCUUUAUGCUGUUUCAUGGUUGUUUCAGUGCUGAUGAUUUGAAAAGGAGCACUUUCUGUAUUUGGAGCCGAUCCACUUUAGCUGGAAGAACACAGUGUGCAUUUCUCCGGAGGACUCCGACAUCUCUUCUCCUGUAUAACAGCAUCUGGAACCAAAACAACAGCCUUCUUAGCUGCAUCACAAGUGAUGAGCAGUCUGUUAUUGAGAGUUACCUGUCCAGGUGUCGGGAAGACAGCUCUUUCUCCGAGAGUCUGGACGCACGCUUUGACGUCAGUGAGCUGACCGCACCUGGCGGCUCCUGUGAGGCUGCUGGGAUUACGGAGGAGUUUACAGCAUCCGUGCGGAGGGCCAGAGACCUGAUGAGUGUUGGAGCUGAUGAUGGAUCCGUGUACCGGCACACACAGGCGCUACGCCGCUCGAAGAGAGCAUGGAUGAUUCCUGGGACCCUGUGGUGUGGCUCGGGAAAUAAGGCUGCUGGCUUUACUGACCUGGGUGUCUUUGAAGAUACUGAUAAAUGCUGCAGAGAACACGACCACUGUAAAGACACCAUCGGCUCUUUUUCGUACGACCAUGGCGUCUUCAACACAAAUAUCUUCACUUUAUCACACUGCGAUUGUGACAACAGGUUCCGCCGCUGUCUCCUGGGAGUUAAUGAUACCAUGUCCAACCUUGUGGGAUACGGAUACUUCAACGUGCUCAAGAUGAGCUGCUUUGAGUUCGCCCAUCGGAUGCAGUGUGCCAAGAGAACGUGGUGGGGCAUGUGCGUCACUUCUGAACUCGCUCAAUACGCCGUGGUCAAAGAUGCAGCAAACUACACCGACACACUCCCUGAACAAGACAUGAAGACUCUGGAAAUGAGUUUCAAUCAAGCAAUCACUUCAGGACAAAACCAGGUCACCAAACACAUAGAAGAAUCUCUUAUCAUACAAUCCAAAGAUUCAGUUUCGACAUCACCAUGGCCAUCUGCUACAACACUGCUGUCCCGGAAAGCUGCAGCUUCCGGAGUCUCAACACGAGCACCAACGACAACAUCCCCCCAAAAUAAACCAGACAGGCCACAUCAAGGCAAAUUGGAGAUGUGCGACAUCUACAGGGACCUGGACUCCUGCCAUCUACAGAUCCCUGCUUUACAAGAGAAAUUCGGUCUUCGAAACCCUGACCAGAGAACCCUUUAUCACUGUAACUGUACUGCCAGGCUUGUCCAAAAGAUCUUGUCCAAAGAGCUGGAUGAAACUGACCCUGUGCACUCUCUAUUGAUGGACUUCGUGUCACAAUCCUGUUUCACCCUACCACAGCCUGAGAACUGUCUCAAUGGAAAAAGUUGCUCAACCCAUCCAGCAGAAGCACAGCUCAUCCAACACUGGAGGAAAGACAUGGCGGGUGGGCGACAUCUAGUGGACUUCAGACGCAAACUCAAGAGGAUGAACCUCAAGCGCUCGAAGAGAAAAGACUCUCCAGUCAGAUUAUAUAAGAAAUGCAUCAGGAUGCAAACUAAACUGCAAAGACCUCGAGAUCCUGAACGAAAACGGUCAUAAAGGCUUGCAAAGGGAAAACAAUUUAAAUAUAAAUGCUCUUAUGAAACAGAGCUUAUGGAUGAGUGACUGGGGGAAACAUUUUUCUUCUUAACUCAAAACCUGCAAAAAGUAUUGUUUUGCGCUAAAAUAGUACCGUGAAUUAUUUAUAGCCUAUUGAGAAACACAGGGUUAUAAUAUUACAUUUAGCCUAAUAUAAUAGGUGAGAGUGUAACAGUUACCUCGUUAUGGGGUAAUGUACACAUUCUUAUUGCUAGCAAAGAAUUAUGUGCAAAAUUGUGGUAUUCAUUGUAAUUACUUGAAAUGGAUAUUUAGCCACAUAUUUUGAUGAAAUAAUGCAUCUUUAAUAUUCAAAAGUCAUGCAGUUUUCUAUGUUUACAAUCGACGAGCUAGCAUAUUUCAUUCAAGUUGAAUUCUCCACAAUCUUGAGAUAAACUUACAUUUAAACUAGAAAUAAGUUUUUGUAAGUUUAAAUUCAAACCCAGGCAAACUUUAUACAGUACUAUUGGACAUCCCUAAAUUAUUUACAUACCUCAAAAUAGUUUUCUGUCAUAUUUUCCUCCUGAGGUAAAAUUCCCGCUCGUUCUCGUCAGGCAGAGCAGCAUGCAAUUGCGCAUGCGCCGAAAUGUCCUCACUCUUGAGAAUUUACGACUCUACCGAAUAUUUGCACUAUGUAAAUUAAUGCAACAAGCGAAUGUUGCAAAUGUAAAUUUGUAAAUACAAUGUAAAUGAACUUUAAUAAAAAAAAAACAUUUUUAAA